UGCGGAACCUCGGAAACCCGAAUGUGAGGAGCUUACGGAUCCACAGCUGCCGCCCCCCGCAGAAAUCCGGAGCGCGGUCAGAAGCCAACUGGCGGUAGCGGCUGCAGGUAAAAAGAACGUUUUUCCAAAGAAAGUAAUGUAGUUCAGAAGGAAAAAUAACAAAAAGAAAGUGCUGCAGAUUUUAUUUUACAAUAUGUAAGAAAAUCAACAGUUUCUUCAGGAUACUCAUAUUAAGAGAUUUGUGAAUGAACUUUGCUAAGUAUGGAUUCAGGUGGUGGAAGUCUUGGAUUGCACACAUCAGACUCUAGAAUGGCACAUACCAUGAUUAUGCAGGAUUUUGUGGCUGGAAUGGCUGGUACUGCGCAUAUCGAUGGAGACCAUAUUGUUGUUUCAGUUCCUGAGGCUGUAUUAGUUUCUGAUGUUGUCACAGACGAUGGGAUAACUCUUGAUCAUGGCCUCGCAGCUGAAGUUGUCCAUGGGCCUGAUAUCAUCACCGAGACUGAUGUAGUAACAGAAGGUGUAAUUGUUCCUGAAGCCGUACUUGAGGCUGAUGUUGCUAUUGAAGAAGAUUUAGAGGAAGAUGACGGUGAUCACAUCUUGACGUCUGAGCUAAUUACAGAAACUGUUAGAGUACCUGAGCAGGUUUUUGUGGCUGACCUUGUUACUGGUCCUGAUGGACACUUAGAACAUGUGGUCCAAGAUUGUGUCUCAGGAGUUGACUCUCCCACAAUGGUAUCAGAGGAGGUUCUUGUAACUAAUUCAGAUACAGAAACUGUGAUUCAAGCAGCUGGCGGUGUUCCUGGUUCUACAGUUACUAUUAAAACUGAAGAUGAUGAUGAUGAUGAUGAUGAUGAUGAUGAUGAUGUCAAGAGCACUUCUGAAGACUACUUAAUGAUAUCUUUGGAUGAUGUUGGGGAAAAAUUAGAGCAUAUGGGGAACACACCAUUAAAAAUCAGCAGUGAUGGUUCACAAGAAGAUGUUAAAGAAGAUGGAUUUGGUUCAGAAGUAAUAAAAGUGUAUAUAUUUAAAGCUGAGGCUGAAGAUGACGUUGAAAUAGGUGGAACGGAAAUUGUCACAGAGAGUGAGUACACCAAUGGGCAUUCUGUAGCUGGAGUGCUUGACCAGAGCCGAAUGCAGCGGGAGAAGAUGGUUUACAUGGCAGUUAAAGAUUCUUCUCAAGAAGAAGACGAUAUCAGUUGCGCUGAAAUAGCAGAUGAAGUUUACAUGGAAGUCAUUGUAGGGGAAGAGGAAGGAACUUCUCUCCCUGAGACUCAGCUUGAGGACUCUGAUGUUAAUAAAACAAUUGUCCCUGUUGUCUGGGCUGCGACAUAUGGAGAUGAAAGAAGAGUUUCUCGAAGGUAUGAAGAUUGUCAGUCAUCAGGAAAUACUUUGGACUCAACAUUAGAAAACAGAAGUAGUACAGCAGCACAAUACCUUCAAAUUUGUGAUAGCAUUAAUACAAAUAAAGUACUUAAACAAAAAGCUAAGAAGAGGAGAAGGGGAGAAAUGAGGCAGUGGCAAACAGCUGUUAUAAUAGGUCCUGAUGGACAGCCCCUGACAGUAUACCCUUGCCAUAUUUGCACGAAAAAGUUUAAAUCCAGGGGAUUCUUGAAAAGACACAUGAAGAAUCAUCCUGAUCAUUUGAUGAGAAAAAAAUAUCAGUGUACAGAUUGUGACUUUACAACUAACAAGAAAGUGAGUUUCCAUAACCACUUAGAAAGCCAUAAGCUUAUAAACAAAGUUGACAAAACCCAUGAAUUUACGGAAUACACACGAAGAUACAGAGAGGCAAGUCCAUUGAGUUCAAAUAAACUUAUAUUAAGAGACAAGGAGCCGAAGAUGCACAAGUGCAAAUACUGCGACUAUGAAACUGCAGAACAAGGACUGUUAAACCGACAUUUACUGGCUGUUCACAGCAAGAAUUUUCCUCAUGUUUGUGUUGAGUGUGGGAAGGGCUUUCGACAUCCUUCUGAACUCAAGAAGCAUAUGAGAACCCAUACUGGUGAGAAGCCAUAUCAAUGUCAGUAUUGUGUCUUCAGGUGUGCAGAUCAAUCAAAUUUGAAAACUCACAUUAAGUCUAAGCAUGGUAACAAUUUGCCAUAUAAAUGUGAGCAUUGUCCCCAAGCAUUUGGUGAUGAGAGGGAACUUCAACGCCAUCUGGAUUUGUUUCAAGGACAUAAGACACACCAGUGUCCUCAUUGUGACCAUAAGAGCACCAACUCAAGUGACCUUAAGCGGCACAUCAUAUCUGUCCACACUAAGGAUUUUCCUCACAAAUGUGAGGUCUGUGAUAAAGGUUUCCAUCGUCCUUCUGAGCUCAAAAAGCAUAGUGAUAUCCAUAAGGGUAGGAAGAUUCAUCAGUGUAGGCACUGUGACUUUAAAACAUCAGAUCCAUUUAUUCUUAGUGGUCAUAUCCUUUCAGUUCAUACUAAGGAUCAGUCACUGAAGUGUAAAAGGUGCAAAAGAGGGUUCAGACAACAAAAUGAGCUCAAAAAGCAUAUGAAGACUCACACUGGAAGGAAGAUUUACCAAUGUGAGUAUUGUGAAUACAGCACUACAGAUGCAUCUGGCUUUAAACGACAUGUGAUAUCAAUACAUACAAAAGACUAUCCACACAGGUGUGAAUUCUGCAAGAAGGGAUUCCGAAGACCAUCAGAAAAAAAUCAGCAUAUUAUGAGGCACCACAAGGAGGCUCUUAUGUAAUAAGAUCAAUAUAAAGAAAGAAGCUAUUUAGAAAAUACGACAUGCUACAUGGAAAGAUAAUUUCAUGAACUGUUUCACCUGGUUACAAAGCUUGAUAUUAAAUCAUAAAUUUACAUUCUUUUUACUAAAGAUCUUAAGAUAUUUGAAUUGAGAGGGGAUCUCAUAGCCCUUUGAAAUUAAAGAAUUUAAGGAGCACCAUAGAAUGGUUGCAGAAAACCUUAUUGUCUAUUUAAUAGUAUUAUAAGCAUAAUCCAGCUACAGGGGGCAAGAGCAAAGACAACCACUUUAUUUGACUGAUCAUACUAGAGACAGAUGUUUCUGAAAAGAUCAUAUCUAAUUGAGGAGUUUAGCAAUGCUUUGCUAUCGCAAGCGUCACUUUUAUACCGUUUUAGAAAUGGAGUGGGGAAAUAAAAUGCAGUCAUCCAUUAGUCACUUAGUCAUUGAGCCUUUAUAUGGUACCUGGAAAUUGAAUUCCAGAAAUGGCAAAAGUUUUGUGUAUUCAUCAAAAGAAAUUUCACUGGAAAACAGGUUAGAUUAAUUCAAUACUAUUUAAAAGAAUUUCAGAGCUGCUAAGAUUUUAACACAGGAUAGGAUGUUUAAAAUAUAGCAUUCUGUACUGAAGUCUAAAGAUUAAAGUUCCCCUUUUUCUGAUGUUCAAGUUGAUUGUUGUUCAGUGUGGCAUAUAUGACAGAAGUAUAUUUGAGUCAAAUGUGGCUUUCUAAAAUGGAUGCAACAGUAAUGUUGCAAAGUUAGCACUAUAUUUCUUAAUGAUCUAAAGAUUACAUUGAGAGAACACAGUUUUCUUAAAUAUUAUGUUUAGAGGUUUUUUUAGGACAGUCAUAGCAAGUAUGAUUGUUCUAGUCUUACUUGCUCUAAUGUUUAAAGGUGCAAUUUUAUGCCAUUAUUGAAAAUUUUGAUUUUUAAAAUCUAUAUACCAUAUUAUUAACAUGAAUUUUCAAUAUGAGGCAGUAUUUAUGCGGUAUUUAACAAAACACUAUGCUGCCAAUAGAACUUGGAGGUGGAUAUUCAGUUUACAGUGUAUAAAUUUAAAAUAUGCAUCCCUUUAACAAUGCUUCAUGUUAGCAUGCUGCAAAUCAACAUGGCGCUUAAAAUAAAAAGCAGGUUUAGGGAAAUUUAAUGAAAAUCCUGUUCAUAAAUGUAAUGCAUAUGAUGUGUAUUUUUAAGUUUUAGUUGCUUCAUGUUUACACUCAUCUGUUAAACAUAACUAAAAUGUAAUUUUACUUCAUGCUAUAUUGUGGCUUUGUGUUUUAAAUAAUGUUCACCUUUCUGUUUUUGCACCAGAUAGGAAUCAGUUCCUUGAGAAUAAAUUUUUUAUCUUUCUUAACUUCAGAAUAUUAAAUUUGGAAAUCUAAAAUUGUGUGUCAUGUGAUUGUAAAUGAUGUACACGCUGUAAAAUAAGAUUGUCACUGUUAUGUGGGAUUAUUAUUUCUAAAUGUUACUCAUUGAAAUGAGCAUACAAUAAAAAGCAUUUAUUGCA